AUUUCACACACAUAUAUAAAAAUACAUACAUACACAAAAACAGUAAUAACAUUUCAUAUUGUAUAAUAUUAUUGUAAUACCUAUAUUUUGAAAUAAUGACAGUAGAUACUUUGGAAAUUAAAAAAGGAUUUGAAUAUAUUCAAGAUGAAAUUUGUAAAUUUUUAAUUGAAACUACAGGUGGUAAACAAGUUUAUCUCGAAGAUAAUUGGCAGUAUCAUAAGGGUAGUGGUGGUGGUAGAUCAAGAGUAUGGGAGGGCAAUAAUGAAGAGGGAUUUUACGAGAAUGGGACCGAUUUAAAACAAUUUGAAAAGAUUGAAAAAGGAGGUGUUAAUUUUUCAUAUAUUGUAGGUAGCAAUUUACCAUCAGCUGCAGCAACCCAAUUCAAAAUUUCACCAGAUACUCAAUACAUUGCAACUGGUGUUAGUUUAGUUAUACAUCCAUACAAUCCAAAUGUUCCAACCAUUCAUAUGAACGUUAGAUACUUUGAGGCCGGUUCAACAUGGUGGUUUGGCGGUGGUGUCGAUUUGACCCCAGUCUAUCCACGUUUAGAGCAAGUAAAGCAAUUCCAUCAAACUUUAAAGAACGUCUGCGACAAAUACGGUGAUGAAAAAUUCAAAACAUCAUACGCCCUUGGCAAAGCAGAAUGCGACACCUAUUUCUAUCUUCCACACAGAGGCGAAACCCGUGGUAUUGGUGGUCUUUUCUACGAUCACUUAAAGAGCGACAACCCAGAAGAUAAAGCUGCCAUUUGGAAAUUCAUCUAUCAAUUAGGUUUAUCAUUCAUCGACCUUUACAAACCAUUUUUAGUAGACAACUCUGAUUUAACCUACACCAAAAUACAAAGAGAGUACCAACUUUACCGUCGUUCACGUUAUGUAGAGUUCAACUUACUCUUUGAUAGAGGCACUAAAUUUGGUAUCAUGUCUGAAGGCAGAACCGAAUCUAUUUUAAUGUCAUUACCAGCCGUUGCAAAGUGGAAAUAUAACUAUACACCAGAACCAAAUACCAAAGAAGCAGAAUUAUUAACUUUCCUCAAACCAAGAGAUUGGUUAAAUGAAUAAUAAUAAUAAUAAUAAUAUAAUAUAAUUUUAAUCUAAAAUAAAAAAACAACCACAAAAUAAAAAUCUAAAUUGUAAAGUUUCAAAUAUUUAAUUUUUUAUUAAUAAUGUAUUAAAAAAAAAUAAUAAAAAUAAACAAAUAAAAAAAAUUGU